UACGCCUUCAAGAACUAUCCCGAACAAUCGAUGAAAAUGAUGCGCACCUACUGGCUGCAGGAAAAGAUGUGUGACAUCGAUAUUCAACUAGAAGACGAUAAUCAGCCAAUCCGGGCCCACCGGGUGGUUCUCGCAGCGGCCAGUCCUUAUUUCCGCGCGAUGUUCACUUCCGGAUUCGAGGAUGCUUCGAAACAGCGAAUUCAAAUCAAAGGCAUCUCGAAGCUCAUUAUGUUACAGGUCUUAAACUUCGCAUAUUCCGGGAAGGUUCGGAUGGUGUCGGACGAUAGCGUGUGCGAACUCUUGAUUGCCGCCAACAUGCUGCAGGUCCGCGAAAUCACAGAGGCCUGUUCGCGGUACAUGGAAAGUCAGUUGGAUCCGUCGAACUGCAUCGGAAUUCUGAAAUUUUCGGAACGACACGAUCUGAAAAAUCUGCAGCGGAAAGCUGAAACGUAUAUAUAUGAGAACUUCACAGAAGUCUGUCAAGGCGACGAAUUUCUCGAUUUGAAGUUCUGUGAGAUGUUACACAUGUUGAAAAACGAAAACUUCAGAAAAACGAAUGACUGCCGAAUCUUUGAGGCCUGUCUGAGGUGGAUACGCCGAGACUGUGUGAAUAGGAAGGUUUGGAUGCGGCCGAUCCUCCAGGUGCUCCGAUGCUAUUUCUCGUCGGUGGAAUAUUUGGAAGAGCUCAUCCAAACGUGUCCGUUGAUACGAGAGAAGCAGGAUUGUGUAGAAUACAUACAAAAGAUCGUCCAAGAUCUCAAUCAAAAGAAGUUCUUCUAUCGAGUUCCCGUCUCCAGCAAAUCGAAACAUCCGUGCGCAAUGUACGUCGUCGGCGGCUAUCAUGUGAACUCAUUGUCGAACUGCGAAGUGUUCAACGCAUCGGACGGCACGUGGAUACAAGCGCAGCCUUUGCCCGUGGCCCGAUCAGGACUAGCAAUCGUGUUCCUCAACAAUCGGCUCUUCGCUCUCGGAGGACGGGUCCAUCAGAAAGACAGCGAUGUUCCCAUCCAAGAUGUCAACUGUGUCCAUAUCUUAGAUGUCGAAUCGAAAACCUGGAGUGAGGGACCUACGUUGAUCAUUCCAAGGCAUCGGUUGAGUGCCGUUUCUCUGGACGGGUGCAUCUACGUCGUCGGAGGGUCCCAUCAUACGACUUCCUUGAACAGCGUUGAGCGGUUCGAUCCAAAGACGAAUCUUUGGUCUUUGAGAGCUUCGAUGAAUGUGGCUCGGACAGGUCAUGGUUGCACGACAUGUAACGGGAAGAUCUACGUCAUAGGAGGCUCGAGCGGGACCGAAAGACUUGACUCGGUGGAAAUUUAUGACCCGAAAAUCGACAAGUGGACGUUGAUAACAUCAUUGCCGGAACCUCGAAGUGGACUGGGAGCUUCUUGCCUCGGAGGCUUCAUUUUCGCAAUCGGCGGCUGCGAGGUUGGUGGCCAAGUGAGCAAGGUGGAACGCUAUAACACCGAGACGGGCGAGUGGCAGAACGUGAGCAGCUUGCAAGAAGCACGCAGCGGGCACAGCGUGAUUACAAUGGCGAACAAAAUUUACGCCCUGGGCGGCUUCACUGGAAACGAGUUCCUCAGCUCCGUCGAGGUCUACAAUUUCGAGAAAAAUGAAUGGUGUUCAGCUCCGCCGCUGCUGAGCCCCCGGAGCGGGCACGCGGCGGCGGCCCCUCAUUGAAGCAGAAUCAGAACGCACUCGAAGACUAUACCACUGCCGUCGAGAGGCGCCCCCUCCUUCUUAGGUCAAGCUUGGCAUUGGAUGUGAUAUUAAGAAGACACACGGAU